AUAAUUGGUUCGCGUUUGACAGGAUUACACAGGUUUCCUCAAUUGAACAGACAUCGGACAUCCAGCUGAAGACUCCCUUGCUUUUGGCCCUCCCAAAAAAGCAAAGAAAAGAAAAGCAAAGCGAAAACAAUAACAACAAAAACACUGGACAACAAUCACUUCUGUCCGCCGGCCCAUCGGAUGCGUGUGAGCGCGCGGAGCCGCCGGGUCUGCUGUGUGAUCGCCGGGCUCAUGGUCGCAAUGUGGUUUCUUAACACUCGGCCGCAUUUCGGAGAAGCUGCACGUCAACGCUGAUUAGUUCAGAGCGUCAAGUCGUCAUGAUGACUCGGAUUUUCUGGGAUACCAUUUUUCUCAUAAGCGGUACUUUUAGUAUGUCUAUGGUACUCGAUGGUACCCUCUUUACAUUCGGAGCAGGGCCGAGCAAUUCAACAAUUAUUGAAGCCGGCGUUUCCAUCGAUACGAACUCCACUGGUGCAACAAACGCAAGCAGCUCGGCAACAACCGGCAGCAGAAGCGCGACCACCACAACCGUUGCGCCCACUAAAACAAGUAACGUCCCCGCGGUUAAAAGUAAGUCUCGGCCCAGUUUGUGUCAAAAAGCAACUGGAUGGUUCAAGCUCGUUGUCAAACCAUCUCGCACAAAAAUAAGCCUGUAUUUCCUCCUCCCAAAUCCCCUGAGGAGCUUUAUCCACUCUCGCUGCAGUGUUGCUUCCACGGCCGGUGGGCUUACUCUGAUGUUGUAUUCCUCCGGCGACUUGUUUAUUUCUAUAUUUUUCAAAUUAGGACCAUGUCAUAUGUUAACAGCUGUCCCCCCUCCCUCCUUCUCUACAGGUUCCCUCUUUACAUUUGGACCGAGCAGCUUGAAAACGACUGAAGCCAGUAUUUCCAUUGAUGCAAACUCCACCGGUGCUCCGAACGCCAACCGCUCCGCAGCAAACGGCGGCGGAGUCACAACCACCGUCCAUCCUGUCAAGAAGUUUGUGGCGGCGGCUGUUCGGUCUCAUUUUGACGACUGUCCGGACUCCCACAGACACUUCUGCUUCCACGGCACAUGUCGCUUCCUGAUAUUAGAGGAGGCGCCUGCAUGCGUGUGUCACCCGGGCUUUGUCGGGAUGAGGUGUGAGCAUGCAGACCUGCUCGCUGUGGUAGCAACUAAUCACAGAAAACAGACGGUGGCCACUGUGCUGGUGUUGUGUGUGAUCGGGUGUGUUUUCAUCAUGGUGUUGUGUACUCUUUUACAUUGCUGGUGGACGCAUGAAUGCCGCAGGCGGAGCCGCGCGCAUCACUACUACAUCGCCGAGAAGCACGGAGCAUCCGGCCAUCCUUCUGAGAGUGUGGUUUGAGAAGACAGAUUGGCGGAACCGGCGCCGCUUGCAUCACGGCGCGUUUUAGUUUUACUCAUCCGGCCUACAAAUCAUCCAGAGGGGUAAACUGGCGUUCAGAUCAAGCGCACCUGGCAAGCGGCGAAGAAGCAUUGCCGUCAUUAUGGUAGAGGUAGGCCUGCUGGUUAGAUGCUCGAUGGCAGUUUUCUUUUCUUUUCUUUUUUUUUUCCCCCACCAACCGGCACUGUGGACCGAAAGCCCCGUAGGGACGUGUUCACUUCCGCUCUGUGGAAACACGCAGAACUGCAACAGUUUGAAGCUCUGAGGUGGAAGCCGCCUCCACGUCCUCCACAGGAGGAGCUCCGCGUGCCGAACUUUGUUCAUGGAGGUGCAAGGAAAUAUAUCCGAGGCCAUUAAUCAUCCUGCGUGGAUGGAAAAGUGUUUAUUUUGAUCUGCGGGACAAUAGUUCAUUUAAGUCGUAAGACGCCAAUUCCUAUCUUUUGUCUUUUACUAACUUUGACCACUUUUAAUGAGAAUUCUACAAUCACACAGGACAUUUAUUGGAAAUGAUGGUGGGAGGGAAAACUGAGGGAACUCACUUCACACAACAGAAGUAGGAAUUGUGAGAUGGACUGACAACCGCUAAUGGAUAAAAAUCCAAGGAUUCGAACAAUAGUUAAACACACAAAACGUAUAAUUGUUCCAAUAUGAUUUUUGACGGUUUGAUAACUCCAGCGUUGCUACUGAAGCUGAAAUAUUUGUCAGUUUUUACUUUUUAUUCCUGAGCUGUAUUUGAACGCGUCCAUGCAUACGAGGUGUUUUCUUUUGCAAGCUAUAACUCUCUGGACACACGCACACGCUGGGUGUCACAUUAUUCCACAGUCCUAUUAUAUUGUUUCACUUCUCUGCAAGCUUUGCUAGCUGCUCAUACAAAAAAACUGCACUUAUUGUAUAAUGUAGUGAAUUGAAAAGUGUCCACUUAAUGAGAGAUGCCAAAUACACUUUCUAAGUAUGCCUGAAUGAGCACUGAAUGAAAGGGGCACGCAGUUUGUUCACGUCCACCGAAUCACGCCCUAAUAUCACAGUUUCUACUUUUAAAGAACACUAAACGCGUUUAAUUUCAAGUGGUGUGUUAUAGCAUUGCCUCAGCUUUUGAAGUCAUACACCUUAAAGAGAGAAAGCGCCUUCGAGGGUUCAUUUAAAGCGUAAUAUUUAAUAAUCUUAGUAGUAAUAAUCGGGAAGGGAAUACAAAAAGGUGAAUGCAAAUUGACUGGUAUAUAAAGUGUGUGUGCGCUUUGUGAGAUAAGACGGAACAAAAAAGAAUAAAGAAUGAAUGUGAUGGUAUAUGCCCAAAAUACUCUGAGGGGGUGUUAUACUUGUCUUUGUUUACAGAAUGUGAAUAUUUUUACAUUCAGGAAAUGUUAUUGUUUUGCACUUAUGUGUAAAUAAGAAAAAGAAAAAAGACACUGAAAUGUUAAAUGUGUAUAUAUGUGUCAAUACAAAAAGGUGAUCUUUUCAUGCAUUAACCGAUUACUUUGCCAGAAUUUAUGUUUUCACAGUUGGAAAGUAUUUACUAUUUGUGAUUGUUUUCCAAUAAGAAAUUAAAAAUGACCGUGCAUGUGCGCCUA